AUGAUAACUGGAAGUAUUGCCAGCUAUGAUAAUGUGGUCACUCUGCCCUCCACAACACCCAAUCCCUGUCACGUCGACAAUACCUGCAACUGUACUGUUGAUGAGAUUGAAGUGAUUUGUGGCGACGAUAUUACCGACACAUCUAUUAAGCGGACAUUUAAUGAAAUUAAAGUGAAGAAAUAUUUGGACGCAUUUGAGUUGUACGACAAUCACCUCAUCACUGGUCUCCCCGACUAUAUCUUUCAAGACGUAAAACAUUAUUAA